GAACGAAACGGGAGUGAGCUAAAUGAAUAUGUUCAAUAGUAAGACGUUUAGCUUUGUUAGCUUCCGUUUGGUUGUUAAACGGUAAACGGUUUCCGUAAUGAAUACACCUUUGGAGAAUGUCCAGUCCUUUCUGUAUCCUACGGUCGUGUUGCUACGGCCAGGGGGCGUAAGUCUCUCCGAGAGGAGCUGCUGCUGCUCCACUUUGCCUCUCCCAGCGACAUCAACUGACUCGACCCGGGACAGACCGAAGAAGAUGGCGGCCACGGACCGUUCCCGGUCUGAAGCUGCAAAGCAGCGACGGCAGGAUCAGUUACAGCGAUGGCUGGGCUCGGAAACCGAUCAGACGGGACCGGGGACGCGGGACGGGUCGACGGGAACCGGGACGCGGCGGGCCCGGGUUCGGUUCGCUCAGGGAGCCGUGUUUAUGGCAGCCUGUUCGGCCGGGGACAGAGAGGAGGUAGCGGUGCUCCUACGACAAGGCGCUGACAUCAACCACGCCAAUAUAGACGGACUGACAGCGCUUCACCAGAUGAAGAAAUGGAAAACAUUCUCCUUUCUAACAGCUGCUGCUGCUCCAUUUCCACAAUGACCGUGAUACUUGAUGACCCAGUGAAGGAACCGUUGAACCACUGG